UCCAAGCCGCCAUGGAGGAGCCGCUUGCCGUCUUGCUGCCUGGGGAAGCUGAAGUUUUGGUGCGGGAGUUAAAAAGCUUCCCGUUACGGGAUAUCGGAGAUCAUGGGUGGUUUCGUCAGCAUGAAUAUAUUGAGAAGCUGAACAUGCAAGCCCUGCUGAGUGCUUCUGCAGGGCAUGAACAACUCCUAAUUGAGCUUUUGGUAAACUAUAACAAGAUACCAACUCUUGUUGAGGAAUUAAUUACUGUGGAGAUCUGGAAGCAGAAGAUCUUCCCAAUACUAUGCAGGCUGAAGGAUUUCAUGCCAAAAAGUACCUUUCCCAUAUACUUAGUGUUGCAUCAUGAAGCUUCUAUUAUUAAUCUCUUGGAGACAGUGUUUUUUCACAAAGAAAUCUGUGAAUCAGCAGAGGAUACUAUUCUGGACUUGAUAGAUUACAGCCAUCGGAAGUUAACCCUCCUAGCAGCUCAAAGUGCUUGUGGCAAGAUUUCAAAUGAGAAGAAGCUUCAUCCUGAGGUUCUUCAGAAUUCUUCAUCAAUGCAGGAGUUAAAGAAGCAAGCAGAAACGAUGGAGUUCGAUAUCUCAUUGAAAGCCUUGUCUGUGCUCCGUUUCAUCACGGAUCAGAUAGAGAGUUUGCCGGUGAGUGCAGUGACAAGAAUGCUGAAUACCCACAACUUUCCAUGUCUUUUGGUUCAACUGGUAGAACAUUGUCCAUGGAGCUGCUAUGAGGAAGGGAAGCUAAAGAAAUUUGAGAAUGGGGCAUGGUACGUGGUGCCCCCGGAAGACCAUAUAAAGAUGACUAAGUUGGAUGGACAAAUGUGGAUUGCUCUCUACAACCUCCUCCUGAGCGCAGAAUGCCAGCGCAAGUACAACUUUGAUAACUUCAAUAAAAGCCAGCUGCUAAAGCUUCGUGCGUUCCUGACUGAUAUUGUCAUUGAUCAGUUCCCCAAUCUUUUGGAGAUGCAGAGAUUUUUGAGUCAUCUAGCAGUGACAGAUCCUGUUCCACCCAAGAAGGAUCUCAUACUGGAGCAGGUUCCUGUAAUCUGGGAUCAUGUUGUCAAAGAAAACUCUGGAAAAUGGCAGGCUAUUGCUAAGCAUCAGGUAAACAAUAUGUUUAGCCCUUCAGAGGAAGAGCUGAGAAGCCAGGCUUGCAGGUGGGCACAGACAUACAACCUGGAUGUCAUAGAAGCCCUCAUCCCAGACAAACCCAAGUGUGCAGUAUGUGGCUCUGAGGCAGCAAAACGUUGCUCCCGUUGUAGGAAUGAAUGGUACUGCAGAAGACAGUGUCAAGUGCAGCAUUGGCAGAAGCACAAGAAGGCUUGCAACUUGAUGGCUGAUGCCCUGAAGGAUAUAGAAGAUGAUAUAAAAAUGCAGGCAAAGCCGACUGAGUAAUUUCAUUGAGCCAGUGAAUUUUCUUGGGUUCUUCCUUCAAACGAAUAGGAAAGAUUCAAGGUUGGAUCUUGAGAUACCUCUACUGCCUGACUUGUCCUAAAUAGUGGAGGGUUAUGGACUACUCCAAACUUCACACUAGGGACUGAGAUAUAAACUGGCUUUCUUUUCAGUUACACCAGCAACAAGUACCAUCUAAUGCUGAAGAAACAUCAUCUGUAAGCCAUCUUGUGGGCUGCUUUACACCAAGCGGCUUCUCCAGUCCCAUGAGACUGGGGGACAAACUAGACACGAUGACACCCUCAUGGACACUACAAGGACACCAUAAGUGUCAAAAUACCCACAUGGCACUUGAAAACAUGGGGGGGAAAUUGGGAUCAGGCAGCAUUUUUAAAUAACUUUAAAUUACUACUUUGACCCUGAGAUUAACUGUAGUCUGUAUCCAUAAUGUAACAGCAAAGGUGAUGAAGCUGACUUGCAAGUCUUUUCUUCUUACAAAAAGCUAAUGCUGCUACCCAUAGUACACCACAGCAGGUUUCUCCUGCUUGGGAAACACAAUAACCUGAGCCUCAGUUUUAUAAAACAACCUUUCCAGAGAACUUGCCAAAAACCAAAAGGCUCAAAUCUCUCCUUCUGGAGCAUUUUCACACACCAGUUUAUGUUGUUGGACACUCUCAGUAUUAAAUUUUACUUUGUUCAGACAAAAUAGGUUUUUUGUCAUUGUAGAGUUUCUUGAAGGUUUAAUUAACCUCCUUCCUGUUUUUUUGCAAAUUUCCUAUAAUAUCUGAGGAAACAGAAUGUCAUUUCGGAAUUACAGGUAUAUCCUGCACAUUUGGGUUUUAGUAUAAAGAAAUGUAUCCCCAGUUCCUGUGCAGAUCAGUUUGCCUCAACUACAACUCAUUACGUGCACAAGUUAGCAUGUAGAUCUGCAGUUUGAUUAUAUAUUUUUUUUCUUUAAAAGGAAGAGCUUGUUCCAGAGUGACUAACCUGAAGCAGGGAAGUAUCAGGUUGGGGGAAGGCACUUCACAUUUUUUUUCUAUUUUCCAAAUCACACUCUCAGAUGCUUGCUUGUAAAAACAGCAAUUUCAUGUGUUGGGAUCUGUCAUAUAUUUUGGUUCUGAUUUAUGCAUUGAUGUCACCAGAACUUAAGUGCAAUUAUGAAAACCUGGGAGUUUGCAAAUCCUUUGCUGUGGUAAAGUGCCUGACAUGCAUAAGCCAAACAGAGGUUUUGUUUCAAACCAUCCCAUCUAGUGACUGAAUUGUAAUUUCAGAAGUUUUAAGUGUUAUGCAGAGAGAAAAGGAGGGGAAAGGAUGUGGUUAAUUAAAGAAUUUCAGUUUA